AUGAAAAGGAAUGCGGGGUAUUUUAGUCCAAAUGGUGUGAGGGUAGGGUUCACCCCGAAGUUGUUUGAGUACCAGAGAUGGUUACUUGUUGAACACAGAGCAGCUGAGUUGCUUCUAUAUCUUCAACCAAACUUAGAUACACAACAACGCCGAUACGACAUCAUUUCUUACUUGCAACGUCUCAUCACCACUCACUGCUCUGCCUCCUGUCAGGUAUUUGAAGUAGGGUCUGUACCAUUGAAGACUUAUCUACCUGAUGGAGAUAUUGACCUAGCAGCAUUCACUAAUAACAAUUGCGAAACUUUGAUAAAUGAGGUUCGUGAUCUUUUAUAUGCUCAGGAGAAGAUACCCGAUGCUCAAUUUCGAAUUCAACAUGUUCAGUAUAUACUGGCUGAGGUCAAGAUAGUAAAGUUCAUAAUAGAAAAUUUUGUAGUGGACAUAUCUUUUAAUCAGCUUAGUGGCUUAUGUACGCUUUGUUUUCUCGACGAGGUUGACAACCUGAUAGGACAUAAUCACUUGUUCAAAAGGAGUGUGAUAUUGAUAAAAGCUUGGUGUUACUAUGAGAGCCAAAUCUUGGGAGCAUAUUAUAGAUUAAUGUCAACCUAUGCACUCGAAACUUUAGUCAUAUACAUAUUUCAUGUUUACAAUAAGCCAUUUUCUGGCCCACUAGAGGUACUUUUCCGAUUUCUGGAGUUCUUUAACAAAUUUGAUUGGGAUAACUAUUGCAUUAGCUUGUGGGGACCAGUGCAUAAAGAGUGUAUUCCGAAUACGAUGAGAGCGGAAGCUCCAAGAGGGGAUAGGGAAGUGUUGCUGCUGAGUGAAACGUUUCUGAGAAGUUCUAUAAGCUGUUACAGCGUGCCAAGAAUCAAUGAAAACAAUAACAAUGUUAAAGAGCAACCUUUUUUUUUCAAAUGCAUCAAUAUUGUUGAUCCCUUGCGUCCCAACAACAACUUGGGCCGAAGCAUUAGCAGGGGUAGCUAUGUUAGGAUAAAGAGUGCAAUUGCUAAUGGAGAAGAGAGGAUAAUCAGAUUGUUGGAAUCUGCAGAAGAGAAUGUGAUAGCAGAAUUUGAUUCCUUCUUCAAGAACACAUGGAACAGAAGUGGCAAAGGUUACUGGAUACCAUCAUUUCAUGAGAAUAAUAAUUCUUCAUCAAAACAUGUCAAUGAAAUUGGAACCUCCUUUGAUGCUGCACCAUCAUCAUGGAGCCCAAAGAGUAGCACCACUGGCAGCAUUGCCAAUAGUUCCAAGUCCUCUGAUACUAGAAAGGAUCACACAAAUAAUAAGAAUAAUAAUGCAGCCAUUGUUACUGAUCAAGGUUCUCAUCGUCAUCAUCAUCAUCAUCAUUCUUCUUCAAUGAAUGAAUCAGGAGAUAGUGCUUCAAAUGUUAUCAUCAACAAUGAACUUUCCGGUGUUAACAUGCCUUGCUCUAACCCUGAUGCACUACCUCUGUAUCUUCUUGAACAACAAAUCAAUAAUUUGAAGCUAGGUAACAACAAUAAUAAUAAUAAUCUCCAAGCUCAACAAGAAAAGAGUGAUAACCAAGGCGUAUUACCUGGUCCUAUGGCUUUGAACAUGGAAAGUACAUUAUUAGCUGAUGUUUUGGAGGGUGAUUUUGCAAGCCAUUGGAAGAACAUGCAAAAUGCAAGACUAAGUUUAGAUGGAAAAUUGCAGGGUCCAUUUUGUUGUUCUGGUUCACCUAUAAUACCACCGCUUCAA